CGAACACAGACAGAUAAUAAACCAGUUGAAGUUAGGUCGAUUGGGAGGAAUGUAUAACGCGUCACAGCAGUUACGAGUUAACACAGAAUUAUUGUACAUACAUAACUUGUAGAGAGCAGAUGUUGCUUGCAUUUCUGUACCACUAGGCUAAGCCCAGAAUGUGCGUUGAACUACAUUCUUUCAAUUCGUGAAGUGCAGCAUAUAGAUAUUAAUUACUACUGAAUUUUUUUAUAUUUAUAACGGAAAUAAAGAAUAACAAUGACUGACAGCUUUCUGGAUAACGUGAAUACUGUGUUAGGAAGUAAACGAUUGUCCGAGCUCGGGAAAACGCUAACGCACGAGCAUCUGGCUCUCGAUUUUCGCAAGUUUUACAUACCUCCGCCGAAGCAUCUUAAACAUUUUCCUGAAAGCAGCCUGUCUCUUCAGGAUGUCGGAUACGUUUGGCAGUAUCCAUACAGCAGCUUAUAUAAUUUGGAAUUUUACGAUGGCGACGCGGCGAAAGCAGUCUAUAAAGAUGUGGAAUUGUUCAAAGAGGCCGGUGGCGGAACCAUCGUGGAGAACAGUAGCCACGGUUUGAAACGCGAUAUUUCUCUGAUGAAGAACGUCAGUCGGUCCAUGGAAGUCAACGUGAUCGCGGGAACUGGCUAUUACGUCGCCAGUACGCAAGACGCAUCGACUCUCAAUACAACCAAGGAAGAAAUGUACAAUCUGAUGUGCAAAGAGUUGGAAGAGGGUUGCGUGGAGUGUCCCGAUGUAAAGGCAGGAUUUAUCGGUGAAGUCGGCAGCACUUGGCCGAUCGAAGAUUUUGAAAAACGUGCAAUUUGCGCGACUGCCGAGGUCCAAGCUCAGUUACGUUGCUCCGUGAGCUUUCAUCCCGGAAGGAACGCAUCCGCGCCCAUGGAAAUCAUGAGGAUCUAUCAAGAAGCUGGCGGAGAUGCGAGCAGGGCCAUUAUGUCUCACGUCGAUCGUACGUUGAUAAAAAAGGAGCAGCUCAUGGAAUUUGCUGACGCUACUAAAUGUUACAUCCAGUUCGAUCUGUUCGGUUCCGAAUGCUCCUUCUAUCAGCUAAAUCCGUUGAUCGACUGGCUGUCAGAUGCGAAGCGCAUCAAACGCAUCGCGCUGCUCAAGGAAGAGAAAAAACUGGAUCGAGUUCUCAUGAGUCACGAUAUACACACCAAGCAUCGGCUAAUACACUUCGGCGGACACGGAUACUCUCAUAUCGCUAACAACAUCGUGCCAAUUAUGUUAAAAAGGAACUUCACGACGGAAGAGAUCAAAUUGAUAACGGUUGAGAAUCCGAAAAGAUGGUUUACGCGAAAUUAAAUUUUGCGACACAGACUGCUCUGUCUUAAAAAUUGAUAUUUUUACGAAUAACGCUUUUCCAUCUAUGCGAGACUGCUCUGUCUUAAAAAUUGAUAUUUUUACGAAUAACGCUUCCAUCUAUUGUAGAUUGAUAAAACAUUAAUUAUUUUAUAAUUAUUUUUUCGUAUUAAAUAAUCAUUGCUAAAACGUUAUUCUAUAAUUUGGUUUAAUGAGAACAGGAAUCUCUCUAUACCGAUUUAAAUAAAGAUGUAAAGAUUCUCGAGAUUCUGCUUCUUUUAACGAUAUUUGAAGUAUGUUUUCAGAUAAGAAAUCAAUUUUUGAACUGUUAUGUGAGGGAUUAAUAGUUAUAUCGACAAAACAUCGUGCUGACCAUGUUAUACUUUUAUAAAAAAAUAUAUUUGUUAAAAAUUGAAUAUUGUAGUACACACAGGGCUCAUCAAUGUUAAUUGCAAACAGAUUUAUAAUCUCUCUAAUUAUAUUUUCUUUCGCAAAGAAUGAAACAACGCAAUGAAUUUUUAUGAAUAUCAUUUUUAAUCUAAUGUAAAUUACUCUACAACAGUCUAAUGUAUACAUUACUUCAACAGUCUAUCUUUUUCCUAUAAUUCUCGUUUAAGAAUUGUCGGAAAUUUCGAAUUAUACUAAUCAUGUAAAUAAAAGACGAUAAAAAGUU